UUAAGCAUGUGAUCCAUUCGUUGCAACUACCACAACAAGCUCUGAGCACUGAACUGAUUGAAUGGGAAAUCAAACAACACUCCUUGAAAAUGAAUUUUGUUGCAAUCAUUCUAACCCUCCUGGGUGUUAUGGCAGGGGUGCAAGAGAGUCUGCCGAGCCGUUAUUUUAAGUCUAAAGGACACCAUGGACGUAAAGCAGAAAAUGAACCUCCUUUUACAGAGAAAUAUUUCUCUCAGAUCGUGGACCACUUUAACUUCAACAGUAUGGGUAACGGGACGUUUAACCAGCGUUACCUCAUAACAGAGAAGUACUGGGAUAGGAAAAAUGGCCCUAUAUUCUUCUACACGGGCAACGAGGGAGACAUCUGGGACUUCGCUCUGAAUUCAGGAUUCAUCACUGAGUUGGCCGAACAGCAGAGAGCCCUGGUCAUAUUUGCUGAACAUAGGUACUACGGGAAGUCCCUACCGUUCGGCCAGGAGUCGUUCAACAUCCCCCAGGUGGGGCUGCUGACAGUGGAGCAAGCACUGGCUGACUUCGCCCUCUUGAUCUCCCAGUUGAAACAGGAGCUGGGGGCCUCAAACUGCCCGGUCAUUGUGUUUGGUGGCAGCUACGGAGGCAUGCUGUCGGCCUACAUGAGGCAGCGGUACCCCAACCUGGUGGCGGGGGCCCUGGCGGCCAGCGCCCCGGUCCUGUCCACAGCCGGGAUGGGAGACCCCCGGCAGUUCUUCAGAGACGUCACAUCCGACUUUGAGGGCUAUGCCCCAGAAUGCAGUGCGGCAGUGAGGGGAGCAUUUCAGCGUGUGCAGGACCUGGCAGAGCACCAGGCCUACGAUCGCCUGCAGUCUGCCUUCGCCCUGUGCAAGAAGCCAUCGUCACCAGGAGACGUCAGGCAACUGAAAGGCUUCCUGAGGAACGCCUUCACCCUUCUAGCCAUGCUGGACUACCCCUACAGCACCCACUUCUGGGGGGACAUGCCCGCCCACCCUGUAAAGGUGGCGUGUGAGGCGAUGCUCAGUGGACCCGACCUGCUGGCUAACCUCAGGAACACCUCAGGCAUCGUAUACAACUCUACGGGGGAGCAGACCUGCUUCGACCUGUACAGUCUGUAUGUGGAGUGUGCUGACCCCACCGGCUGUGGCCUGGGGUCAAACAGCCUGGCCUGGGACUACCAGGCGUGCACGGAGAUCGAGCUGUGCUACGAGAGCAACAACGUGACCGACAUGUUCCCGGCCAUGACGUUCACCCCAGCGGAGCGGCUGGCGUACUGCUCCAAGCGUUGGGGCGUCACCCCGCGACCGGGCUGGCUCCAGACCCAGUACUGGGGAGACGCCCUGUCUACAGCCAGCAACAUAAUCUACUCCAACGGAGAUCUGGACCCUUGGGCCAAUGGAGGGGUGCGGACGUCUCUUAGCCCCUCAGUGGUGGCCAUCAACAUAACAGACGGAGCUCACCACUUGGAUCUGAGAGGAUCAAACGACGCUGAUCCAGCAUCCGUUAUCAGCGCCAGGAAGACUGAAGCCAACCUCAUCGCUCAGUGGGUGGCAAUGGAAAGGUUGAGGUUGAAAUGAAAUGUAAUGAAAUAUCCAAAGUAUGCAAUAAAAUCUUUUUUUAAUCUCA